CGGCUGCCGCUGUGCUGCUGCGGGCAGCUGCACGUGACACCACACCCGCGCUUGUCCGCGGCGAGAAACAUUCCGACCCCGUUGUCUGGCAGCCACAUGCAGCCCGCUGAGGACAUCACCGCCGUUCUUGGCGUCACCGCCCUGUGCGCUUUCCUGUUUCUCUACGAGGCGGCGCCUUGGAAGAAGGCGGCGGCCAACGCCGGUCGGACAGUGGAAGCGCCGCCACCGCUGCCGCCUCACAGCCCGACGCCACCGCCGGGGUCAACGCCAUCGGAGCCGGACGGGACGGAGCGCAUGUCGGAGAUGUUUACUUCCGGAAAGGACUGGGACCCCUUCACGCCGGCGGAGCUCGCCGUGCUCGCAAAAGUGCAUGAGCGGCUCGGCCCCGCCCUCGCCGACGUGCCGGUCGAUUUGCUCGCGCAGUUUGUCCGGUCCGCGCCGCACACCGCGUCGGGCGAACCGUGCGUGGGCGAGCGGCUCGAGGCGGCGCUCGCGUGGCGCGCGCGAGAGGGUGUCGACCAGCUCGUGCAGGCGCCGCCGGUCGGGAGGGACGAGUUCGAGUGGCUAAUGCCCGCGGGCUGCGUCGGCCACGACCGCGAAGGGCGACCCGUGAUCCUCGAGCGGCCAGGCCGAGACCGGCAGGCUGUGCUGGCGGCGCUGGCGGCGAUGAGCGCCGAAGAGUUUGUGCGGCAGCAGGUGUGCUCCAAGGAGUGCAUACGCCACUUCCUCGGCGCCGCCAGCCGGAGGCGCGGGCGGCGCAUCUCCAAGUUUGUGUCUGUGAUUGACGCGGGCGGGAUCGGGCGGCACCACUUCGACCGGCGCAACGUCGCAUUCUUCAAGGCCUUCGCCGAGGUGUCCUCGGCAAACUACCCGGACUGCCUCGAGCGCUUGUUCGUCGUGCGCGCCCCGUACCUGAUGACUGCCCUCUGGGCGCUCCUGCGGCCGCUCCUCCACCCCGUCACCGCGGCCAAGGUGAGCAUCCUCGGCGGCGACUACGCGGCGGCGCUCGAGGCGGACGGCGUCAGCCUGCCGUCGGGCAAGCUGCCCGAGAGCGACGAGCUCGAGGGGUGGGUUGCGUCGACGCGCCGCCUGCUGGCCGCCGCACGAGCAGAGGCAGGGGAGUCGCCUUCCCUCGCGGAGGGGGUGCUGCCGCCCGCAGACGCACGCGCGAUCCGGCAGCUGCUCGCCGCUCCUCGCGCAACGCCCGCCGCGAGGAGGCCUUCGCCGCGAGAGCGCGCACCGCCGGCGGAGGUGGCGAAGGGCGAGGGCGCGCCGCCGGACUCGCUCUGUCGAAAAGAGGAGCAGGAGGCUCGGCUUGCGCCGGCGUCCGUCCUCGUGGGCCCCGUGCAUGCAACCGUCGACUCGGCUGCAGCGUGGCUGGCGGCAUUGGCGGCGCGGCUGGCGAUCUGCGUUGAGGGCGGAGGGAGCCAGCGCAGCCCCGUGCCGGCUUGACGCACGUGCAUGUGUCAAAGUGCCCCGUUCGCAUGUUGAGAGCGGUGUGUGUGCGGAUUUGAGCGACACGUACCUUAGUCCUUACAGAAUCCGCGAC